GAUUUAAUAACUCUUCUCCGACGAGGUAGCUGAAUCUCCGGUAUCGGAGAUGAUGGGAUCGACGUUGUUCAGGAAGAGAUGUUUGGUCAAGAGAGCGAAUUGUUUACUUUUCCGGUCGUUUUCCGUUAACAUUGAGAAACUUUCCGACGCAUCAGCUGAAAUAGCGGGAAUUCUCAACCAAGGGAGCUGGCGUGAGACUCUGGUAUCUUCGAAUCUUUCAAUCGAGAUAAACCCAGAAGUAGUUCUCUCCGUUUUACGAUCCAAACGCGUCGAUGAUCCUUCUAAGCUUUUGAGUUUUUUCAAUUGGGUCGAUUCUCAAAAAGUCACGGAGCAGAAAUUGGAUUCGUUUUCGUUUCUCGCUUUGGAUUUGUGUAAUUUCGGUAGUUUUGAGAAAGCUCAUAGUGUUGUAAUCCGGAUGAUUGAGAGGAAGUGGCCUAUAGCUGAGGUUUGGAGUUCGAUUGAGAGAUGUUCACGAGAGUUUGUGGGAAAGAGUGAUGAUGGAGUUCUUCUAUUUGGGAUCUUGAUUGAUGGAUACAUUGAAAAAGGGUUUUUAGAUGAAGCUGUAUUUAUGUUUUCUAGCACUAAGGAUUUGGAUUUGGUUCCUAGUUUGGCACAAUGUAAUCAUUUGUUGGAUGCGUUGUUGAAGAGGAAUCGUCUGGAUUUGUUUUGGGAUGUGUAUAAGGGGAUGGUUGAUAGAAAUGUAGUAUUUGAUGUUCAGAGUUAUGAGAUGUUGAUUGUUGCACAUUGUAGGGAUGGGAAUGUUCAGUUGGCAAAAGAUGUUCUUCUCAAAACCGAGGAAGAAUUCGGGAUGGCAACUUUGAAUGUGUAUAGUUUGGUAGUUGAAGCUUUGUGUAAGAAGGGAGAUCUGGAUGAAGCACUUGAGCUGAAGAAGUCGAUGAGUUGCAAAGGGUUGUUGGCAUCGAAGCAGUCAUACAAUAUACUUAUAGAUGGGUUGUGUAAGCGAAAGAGUCUAGAAGAUGCUAAAUCGUUGCUGGAAGAGAUGGAUAGUUUAGGUGUGUUUCCUGAUAAUGUUUCCUAUAGUAUACUGAUUGAUGGUUUACUGAAGGGUAGAAAUGCCAAUGCUGCGAAGGGACUAUUCCAUGAGAUGAUUUCACAUGGAAUUAGCAUCGAUCCUAAGAUGUAUGAUUAUUUUAUUUGUGUGAUGUCAAAGGAAGGGGCGAUGGAGAAGGCAAAGGCUCUCUUUGAUGGAAUGAUCGCAUCAGGAGUGACACCAGGUGCUCGGGCUUAUGCUAGUUUGAUCGAAGGAUACUUUCGAGAAAAGAAUGUAUGUAAGGGUUAUGAGUUACUUAUUGAAAUGAAAAAGAGGAACAUUGUCAUAUCUCCAUAUACUUUUGGUACAGCGGUGAAAGGCAUGUGUUCUUCUGGGGAUCUCGAUGGAGCUUAUAACAUUGUGAAGGAAAUGGGUGCAAGUGGUUGCAGACCCAAUGUGGUUAUAUAUACCACAUUGAUCAAAACCUUUCUCCAGAAAAGUAGGUUUGGAGAUGCAGUGAGGGUGUUAAAAGAAAUGAAAGGACAAGGAAUCGCACCAGACACCUUUUGCUACAAUUCCCUUAUAAUUGGCCUUUCAAAGGCUAAAAGAAUGGACGAAGCAAGGUCUUUUCUGGUUGAAAUGGUCGAGAACGGAUUAAAGCCUGAUGCUUUCACCUAUGGGGCUUUUAUCAGUGGAUAUAUAGAGGCAGGGGAAUUUGCAUCUGCAGAUAAGUAUGUGAAAGAGAUGCUGGAAUGUGGUGUAAUUCCAAAUAAGGUUCUUUGCACGGGUUUGAUCAAUGAGUAUUGCAAAAAGGGGAAAGUAAUAGAGGCAUGUUCAGCAUUCAGAUCCAUGGUUGAACAAGGGAUAUUGGGGGAUGCUAAAACAUACACUGUUCUUAUGAAUGGUCUUGUUAAAAAUGGUAAAGUAAAUGAUGCCGAAGAGAUUUUCCACGAAAUGCGUGGAAAGGGUAUUGCACCUGAUGUAUUCUCUUAUGGUACUCUCAUUGAUGGAUUUUCUAAGUUGGGAAAUAUGCAAAAGGCUUCUAGUAUUUUUGAUGAGAUGGUUCAAGAAGGUUUGACUCCUAAUGUUAUCAUAUACAACAUGUUGCUUGGUGGCUUCUGCAGAUCUGGGGAAAUUGAAAAAGCUAAGGAACUGCUUGAUGAAAUGUCAGGUAAAGGUUUUCCUCCGAAUGCAGUGACUUACUGUACAAUUAUAGAUGGAUAUUGCAAAUCUGGGGGUCUAGCUGAGGCUUUUCGGUUAUUUGAUGAGAUGAAACUAAAGGGAUUAGUUCCUGAUAGUUUUGUGUACACAACACUCGUGGAUGGGUGUUGCAGAUUGAACGAUGUCAAAAGAGCUAUAACCAUCUUUGAGACAAACGAGAAGGGUUGUGCUUCUAGUUCCGCCCCUUUCAAUGCUUUGAUCAAUUGGGUUUUUAAGUUUGGAAAAACAGAAUUAAAAACAGACAUGAUAAAUCGGCUAAUGGAUGGGUCGUUUGAUAGGUUUGGCAAGCCCAAUGAUGUAACAUACAACAUUAUGAUUGAUUAUCUAUGUAAGGAAGGAAACUUGGAAGCUGCAAAGGAGCUCUUUCACCACAUGCAGAAAGCUAAUCUGACUCCUACUGUUAUAACUUACACAUCUCUUCUAAACGGGUAUGAUAAAAUGGGUAGAAGAUCUGAAAUGUUUUCUGUAUUUGAUGAGGCGAUUGCUGCAGGAAUUGAACCAGACAACAUAAUGUAUAGUGUUAUCAUCAAUGCUUUCCUAAAAGAAGGGAUGACGACAAAAGCACUUGUGCUUGUGGAUCAAAUGUUUGCUAAGAACGCUGUUGAUGAUGGGUGUAAGCUAAGUAUUUCAACAUGCCGGGCUCUACUCUCUGGUUUUGCUAAAGUGGGUGAAAUAGAGGUAGCUGAGAAGGUUAUGGAGAACAUGGUUCGACUCAAGUAUAUUCCUGAUUCUUCGACUGUUAUUGAGUUAAUCAAUGAAAGUUGCAUUUCCUCAAACCAGAGAAUGGAAGCUGAUGCAGCUCCAUAGAUUUUUAGACGGAAAGCCAGAAGCAAAUAAACUUUCUUCUUUUUCUUUGUGGCUAAAAAGGAGUCUGCUGGUUCUGGUUUGGUUUACGGCAAAUUUCUUGGCCAACCUGAAAAUUGCUGAAGGGCUGCAAUCGUGGCAAAAGGUAACAUUGAUCCUAAACUGAUCUAUCUAUUUACAAGCUUUAUCCUCUCACUUUUGAUGAUCUCUACGCAGUCGCAAUCUUCUGAUAUGUCAUAGUAUAAUUUUUCAGUUACCAUUAAGAAUUUGGAGUUGCUGUUCCUGAAACAACUUGUGUCUGCUCAUAAACUCUUCUGGACCAA